UUCUUACAACAACAACAACCAAUCAAAGGUGGUCGUUUAUGUUUUUGAUUCACCCACGUUAUUACAAAUAUAAACAAAGAAAACAAAACUGGUUGGGUCGGUUACAGAGUGUCUCUUAAGAAACCUCAAACCAGGGUCAUCACAUUCACACUGUUCAUUCAACAACCAACCAAUUCUCAUGGAUGCCUCUGAACUCUGAACACUGAAUAUUGAGCUUGUCUUCCAUCUAUUAUCAUUCAUUUACUUGAUUCAUUGAUACUAUAGUGUUGUAGAUUGAUUCAUUUGCUUGAUUUUCAUGGCUUUUGAUCUUUUUCUUCACAAGGGUGCAUUCAUUUGGGGUUGUUCUUCAAAACCUCAUUCUCAAUUGGAUUCUCAUUCUGGCGGGUUGACUGAUAAUCUCAGAUAUCAACUUGUUCACAAAUGUACUAUCUUGAGUGUUUUAGCUCAGAAAGCUGCCAUUCCUGUUGAAGAUGAGAAGCCAUUGGUUCAUUCUCCUCCUGAUGAUAAUGCCCUUCUCCACAUUCACAACAAAGGGUUUCAUAAGGACAUCAACAUGCUUCCCAAGCCAUUAACGUCAAUUGAUGUUUCUUCUUCUGCAAGCGAUGGAUCAAAGGUGCGUGUGGCUUAUCAGGGACUUCCAGGAGCAUAUAGUGAGGAUGCGGCUUUGAAAGCAUAUCCAAAAUGUGAGACCGUACCUUGUGACGAGUUUGAAGCUGCAUUUAAGGCAGUUGAAUUGUGGUUGGUGGAUAAAGCUGUUCUACCAAUUGAAAAUUCUAUAGAUGGAAGCAUUCACCGCAAUUAUGACUUACUUCUUCGACAUAGGUUGCACAUUGUUGGGGAAGUGCAGUUGCGUGUUAACCAUUGUCUCUUAGGAUUGCCUGGCGUGGCAAAAGAGGAGCUCAAAAGUGUCGUGAGUCAUCCUCAGGCUCUUGCUCAGUGUGAGAUGGUGCUGAAUGAGUUAGGUGUUGACAAAAUUGGUGCACAUGAUACUGCUGCUGCUGCUAAAACACUGGCAAUAAAUUGUCUAAGACACAACGGAGCUAUUGCAAGUUCCCGAGCUGCAAAAAUAUAUGGUCUGGACAUUCUUGCAGAAGGAAUUCAGGAUGAUGAUGCAAACGUUACUCGUUUCUUGGUCCUUGCAAGGGAGCCUAUAAUUCCAGGAACUGAUCGGCCCUAUAAGACUAGCAUUGUUUUCAGUAUAGAAGAAGGUCCAGGUGUACUAUUCAAAGCUCUUUCAGUGUUUUCUAUGAGGAAUAUUAAUUUGGCAAAAAUAGAGAGUCGGCCACUGAAGCAGCGCCCGCUAAGGGUUGUUGAUGAUUCAAAUGAAGGGAGUGCCAAGUAUUUUGACUACCUCUUUUACAUUGACUUUGAAGCUUCAAUGGCAGAACCUCGAGCACAAAAUGCUUUAGGACAGUUGCAGGAAAUUGCGAGAUUUCUUCGAGUUCUUGGUUGUUAUCCUAUGGAUACUCAUGUAUAGAAGUUCAAUUCAAUGUCUUACAAGUAGGUAGGAGCAGCAGUAGAUGUUGUUUGUUUUACUGACAGGAUGAGCGGCUAGGCUACUACCAGAGUCAAAGGGAGAAAAGCAUUGCUCCAUGCACCUGUUUCUAAAUUAUUUUGAUCUCCUAAGGAGUCUUGUCAUAGUUUACUCUGGGAUGGAUGCUGGUGCAGUCCAGGCAUCAUCAUUUUGCUCUUUAUAUUAUGUCAUUAUAUAUUAUCAUUCAUCUGCGCAUAGGAUAUAGCGCCAAUAAAGUUCGUUACCUUUGCAGACUCUUUCUGGAAACAAAAAAACUGCAGGAUCCUUGUUCCAAAACCUCCAUUUUGUUUCAGAAUUUAGAAUUUUCAAUUGCAGACCCCUUUAUCUAAAAGGAGUCGCUGGAUAUUUAGAA